GGGCAGCGGAAGUCGUUAUUCUCAGUGGCCCGGAGCCCACGCCGCGAGCCCCGUAGUACCCUGGCCAUGGCGAUGGGGGGAGGAGGCGGUGGUGGCGGUGUUCCGGAGCAGGAGGACUCCGUGCUGUUCCGACGCGGCACAGGCCAGAGUGAUGAUUCUGACAUUUGGGAUGAUACAGCAUUGAUAAAAGCUUACGAUAAAGCUGUGGCUUCGUUUAAGCAUGCUCUAAAGAAUGGUGACAUUUCUGAAACGUCAGAUAAACCAAAAAGUACACCUAAAAGAAAACCUGCUAAGAAGAAUAAAAGCCAAAAAAAGAAUACCACAACUCCCAUGAAGCAGUGGAAAGUUGGUGACAAAUGUUCUGCCGUUUGGUCAGAAGAUGGAUGCAUUUACCCAGCUACCAUUGCUUCAAUUGAUUUUAAGAGAGAAACCUGUGUUGUGGUUUACACUGGAUAUGGAAAUAGAGAGGAGCAAAAUCUGUUCGAUCUACUUUCCCCAACGUCUGAAGUAGCUAAUAAUAUAGAACAGAAUGCUCAGGAGAAUGAAAAUGAAAGUCAAAUUUCAACAGAUGAAAGUGAGAAUUCUUCCAGAUCUCCUGGAAAUAAACCAAAUAAUAUCAAGUCAAAAGCUGCUCCAUGGAACUCUUUUCUCCCUCCACCACCCCCCAUGCCAGGAUCAGGACUGGGACCAGGAAAGCCAGGUCUAAAAUUCAAUGGCCCACCACCACCACCACCACCACCACCACCACCUUUCCUAUCAUGUUGGUUGCCUCCGUUUCCUUCUGGACCACCAAUAAUUCCCCCACCACCUCCCAUAUGUCCAGAUUCUCUUGAUGAUGCUGAUGCUUUGGGAAGCAUGUUAAUCUCUUGGUACAUGAGUGGCUAUCAUACUGGUUACUAUAUGGGUUUCAAACAAAAUCAGAAAGAAGGAAGAUGCUCACAUUUUAAUUAAGGAACCCUACUUCUUCAAAUUCCAGCUGCCUAAUUCCAAGGCCCAAACUCCGAUCUGUUUCUUCUAUCCAGAAAGAACAGUACUCUCUGCUCAGGCUCCACCUUCCAUGCUGCAGUUUGGAAAUUGUGUCCAGCCAAAAACGGUGGAAAGCGAAGCUCACCUGAUGUGUUUCCUUUUCUCAAGGAUCUCAGCCCUAUGCUAUCUGUUGCCCAAUGUCUGAGAACAAUUGUAUCAUAUAUUGUGCCCACUGUAUUUAUAAUCUAUGGCAGGAAAACAAUUACAUCAGCUAGCUAUUCCCCCUAUUUUUAAACAAACAUUUUAUCAUUUUCCUUAUGGAUACUGGGUAGGAUGAUACAGUUCAUUGUAUCACCUUUCCCAUUUUGGAACAAUUUUCAGUUGCAUGUUUUCUGAAAGAUUAGUCUAUUGUAUGUGAUGGUUAAAACAAAAUGUACUAAACAAUGAUAUUACACUAUAUCUGACAAGUACAUCAGAUUAAUAUGUCAAAUUUGGGAUUCUUAUAUAUUUCUACAUGUCAAUAAUAAAUGUAUUUUGGGCUUUUUUGUUUAACAUAGUUCCGUAGAAUUAUUUUUUGUGCAUUGAUGAUUAAUUUUGUAUAUUGGCUUCAGAUUCUAAAUAGUUCCGUAGAUCAUCAUAUGAGUAUGUUGUCCUAUUGCUUCCCCAGAAUACACUAGUUAAUGAUGUCCCGGAGUGUCCUCUUGUUAUAAUUUAUUUAUUUAAGAGUUAUUUUUUAUUGUUACUUUUAUAUAAACUAAAAGUUCUAAAAUUUGAACUAAUUCACUUUACUCUUUUAAUUCUUUUUUGUUGUUUUUUUAAACUACCCUGUUGCUUGUUAUGUGUAGCAUUUUGAUAGGAAGAUAUAUUUAAAUGAAAAUAAAAUGCAGAGCUGUGUAUAUUAUGCUACCUGCUAUUUGUAUAAAUAUAUAUUUACAUACAAGUACAUGUAUGUAUUGCACUGAUGAUCAUCUCGGCCAUGCUCAAGUUACCCCUGAAGAGAGACUAGAAGAUAAAGGCAUGUGAGGGAUACUUCACAGUAUAUACACCUUUUUAUAUUUUUUCUAUUUUUGUGCUAUGUACAUUUACUGACAAUAAAUAUGUAA